GCGGCCGUUCCGGGGCGGUGCGCGGAUGGCGGCGGUGCGGCGCGGGGCGGCCGCUCUCGUGGCGCGGCUGAGGGCUGCGCUCCCCUCCCGCUUCGCGUUUCCGUACCGCGUGGAGCUGAAGGCGGGGAAGAAGUACGCGUGGUGCUCGUGCGGGCACAGCCGGGCGCAGCCGUUCUGCGACGGCGCGCACCGCACGUUGGCUCCGGACAGAGCUCCGCUGCGCUUCACGGCGGAGGCGGACGGCAAAGUGUGGCUGUGCGGCUGCAAACGGACCCGCACCCCCCCCCGGUGCGACGGCAGCCACCUCCGGCUGUGGGUGGCGGGGAGAGGAGACCGACGCUGAGCCCCAUUGCUGGGCCUUAACCCACCCCCCCGUGACCGCACGCUGCAGGGCACCCCAUAGGGAUGCAGCCCCUGCGCUGUGUGGGUCCCGGGGGGUGCGGGAUGGAAUGGGUGCGUGGCACUGAGCAGCAUUUAUCGCACGUCCGGAGCUGUGGGACAAUGCAAACGUUCACCCGGUGACUGUACGGGAUGAUGCAAAUAUAUUAUGGGAUGUGA